GUUAACAACUCUUGUAAUUGUCUCGAUCUUUCACUCUCUCUCUCUCUAUCUCCCACCGUAGAAAUUUAAAGUAAUAAAAAUUACUAUAUAUAUCAUCUUCUUAAAUAUACAUCACAAUAAUACAUUAUUACAAGUUUAGAUUCUACAACGGAGUUGAGAAGAAGAAGAAGCAUCAUAUGAGAAAGCGUCAAGUGGUGUUGAGGAGAGCCUCGCCGGAGGAACCUUGUAGGAGCUCGUCGACGGCUUCGUCUCUGACGGCGAGAGGUGUGAGAUACGGAGAGUGUCAGAAGAACCAUGCCGCGGCGGUAGGCGGCUACGCCGUAGAUGGCUGCCGUGAGUUCAUGGCAAGCAACGGAGAGGAAGGUUCGGUAGCAGCGCUAACGUGCGCCGCCUGUGGCUGCCACCGCAGUUUCCACCGGAGAGAAAUCGAAACCGAGGUUGUUUGCGACUGUAACUCACCUCUUUCGACUGGAAACUAGACCUAGGUAAGAGUUGGUUGUUUCUUUGUGUGCUAUAUAUUAUAUAUAAAUAUACACGGCUGAAACUUUGAAAAUAUGAAGUUUCAAAAAAAAACUUUGAAAAUAUAUAUUAUAUUGUUUCAAUACCUUCUUAGUGUCAAGGGUUUGUGUCUCGUUGAGAAGCUAAGCAGGAAACUUCAGAGAGUUAUAGUUUGGAGGUUAUGGAAGAUCUAUAGUCUAUAAUAACUGGAUGCUUUAAGCAUGUCUCAGAAGAGAUCUAUGAAAUAUAAAGAUGAUAAAUUUCAAAAAGAAAAUAUGAAGAUUAUUGUUGUUUUUAUGUAAUGUUUUAUAAAGUUCGAUUUGCUGUC